GCUUUUUACGCAUGUGAAACAUCACAUUUCUUUCCACAUUAAUGACAUGACGACCCGAACCGAGUUAUUUUUAGGGCUCACUUUACUAAAUAUAACCCGCCUCGAUCGUUUGUGACCGCGUCACAACAAGUAACAUUAUCCCAUUUAGUUUUUUUUCUUUCUUUCCCCAACGGCUGAGUUUGGAUGAGAGGUGUCGGGUUUUUAGGCUAUAAAAGGAGGGACCCACGCGAGGGCUUGACACUCAUCAUCAGGACUGGAGCCUGCAAAGCGUCAAAAUGACUAUUUGGUGCAACUCCUGCAAAUGUCAUGUAAGUGCCCCGUGCACCUCUCAUCAUCUGCCCGCGGAUCACCGCAGCUCCUUCUGCAGGAGGCUCAGAUCUACCAAAGGAGCGUCUAAAGCCCGGCGGGACCACAUCAAUCAUGAGAUCAGGAAUAUGCGCGCCCUGUUGCCCAUCACCCAGGAGGACCAGGAGCGACUCUCCUACCUGCACUCCAUGGCCGCCAUCUGCACCUACGUCAGGAAGUCUGUUCUCUUCCAGGGACUCCCAGCUGAGGAGAGAUCACACUGCUCACUGCCAUACGAGGCCUUUCUUCAAGCCCUGCACGGCUUCAUUCUGAUAACAACUGCCCAGGGGAGGCUGGUCUAUGUGUCAGAAAAUGUAGCUGAAUAUCUUGGUCUUUCCAUGAUAGAUGUGCUCCAAGGGGACACUUUCUAUGACAUGGUGGAAAGCUCUGACAUUGCUAUUGUUAAAUCAAACCUGGACAUUGAAAACAACUCAUCAUCAGAGAGGAGCUUUAUAUGUUGCAUGCAAACCUCCAAGGCCUUCAAGCUGCAACACGGCAGCUGCUGUUCCAUGAUGGUCACAGGGAGCUUCCAGUCUUUUCCUCAGCCUUUGUCCACCUCUUCAGUCUGUCCCACCAACCAGCCUCUGUUUGUGGCCCUCUGUACCCCCACAGUCAACCGCCUGCGGAGCUCUGACUCCGACUUCUGUCACAGCUUCAACAGUGUCCACAGACUGGAUAUGACUUAUACUCACCUGUCGGACAGUGCUUUAUAUUUUUUGGGGUAUUCGGCAGAAGAGAUGACCGGACGGUCGUGGUACAGUCUCGUCCACACUGAAGAUCUUUCUCUGAGCGCAGAUUCUCAUAGAAGUUUAUUGCAGGCAGAUGAUGGCUUCCAGGUAGAGAUAGUGCUAAGACUCCAGUGCAAGGAUCUGUCAUGGACCUGGAUCUACAUUCAAGCUAACAAAGACUCUGAGUGUCAGGGCAUAAGCUGCACAAACUUCAUCAUCAGUGAAACAGAAGCCAGGUUUCUGCAGAAGAAAAUCAGCAGUGAUGCUUUCAGACCAUCAUCUCUGGCAAAUUCCUGCAAUUUUGCAGCUCAACAGGCUCCCAGUACUCAGAGCUACAACAACACUAAAUGCUUGAAAAGGCAGAGGACAUCUAGCAGCCAAAGUGAGGAGCUUCCAAGUGCCAGACUUAGGAGGGAGUCUGAACAAGACUUAUACAAUGUGGCGUGCACAUCCUCUCAAGGCAAUAGCUCACCUGUUCCCUUAGGUGACAGCCCUGCUUUCUUCACCCCUCCCUACAGCCCAGCCUCUUCCAGUUCCACUCUGCAGCAGGAUGAGCUCAGCCAUGACCUCCUGAUGGAUGUGCAUGGAUACACAGAUCAGCUGCUGUCCUCUCCCAAGGGCUCUCCCUCCUAUUAUUCUUACCCAGAGGCAGGGCUCACCUGUCACCAAUCUCCCUCCGAUUCCCUCCCAAUCUCCCUCCCUGCGGCCGCCGAACAAACCUUUGACCAGACAGCCUUCGGCGCGCUCAGUGCUCACUCUCCACUCUCCUCCUCAUCUCCGACCUAUGAUUUCCAAGCUUGUACAUCCGAUGCUCGAUUAGUUCCAGACUGCCUGUCUGUGUCCAACAUGUGCGAGAGCCCAGUGGACUGUGCUCUGCAUCAAGACGACUUCAGCCUUCUUGAGCAGCCACAAGAGGGCAGCCUUGUCCAAGCGCAACAUGUUCCCCACCAUAUGUUGUCCCUACACUCCAGUCUUCUUACCCCCAAUCAAUCUCCCACACCCACAGAUUCUAACACUUACAGUGAGACGGAACAGGCAGAGAUCAGUAUUCUGGCUCAGCAGAUCUCCUCCUUGGCCAGCAGCUUCGCCAUGUAUCACACCCUGAACCCACUUCAAAAUGCAAUCCAACCUGCAACAAUUAACACCCUGCCCACAGCCUGUGACUGGCCCCAUCACCCUCCUCUUUCCUCAGUCCUUCCUCUGAAGCGUGAACUGCCCCUUGACGACAACGUGUUUGACAGCAUCCUGAAAGACUUGGACAUGGCCACAUGGAAAAGAAACUUGUCCACCCCUGGUGUUGUACCAUACAGCUACCAGCAGGGCUUGUUGCACAGCAGGAAUGGGUCCCACCAGUUAGACCAGGAUGCUCUUGGUCUCACCCCAAGCAUCCCAGAGGGGCCGCUGCCUACGGAGCAGUUCACUGUCAUGGAUGCUUUCAAUUUGCAGUUGGAACGCCAUGGCCAAAACACUGGGUUGCAUCAACUCAACCACUACAUGCAGAGUGGCCUUCAGCAAGAUGGACUUGCUGAAGAAAACCUGUACUGAAAUAAGUCUGUGACUUACUGUACUACCACUUGUAUGACAUAUUGUCAGGACAAUCUUCCUUCGCUGGAUUCAAAGAAGAGUGUGAGCAAAGACAUUUAAAGGACGUCUUUGCUAAGACGUUGUUUCCCCAGAUGACUUACUGUAUUUCUGAAUGUAGAAAAUAAUCUAAAGUAGAUUAAGACUACAGCUCUGUCUUCAUUUCCCAACACUGCUGUCAACUAUGUUUUGCUGAUGUCUUAUAUUUUAUGAAAAGGUACUUUUUUAAAAAUGUGUCAGAGUGCCAAUGGAGGUAUAUUUUUCUUCUAACGCUGAGUGACCACAGUUUACUAUUGAGCACUUUAUCAAUGUCAUUGCCACAAGAAUUUUAUAAACAAGGUGUGCUGAUUCAAAGGAACAUUAGUUUUCAGAGAUACCUGGGUGAGCUUUAAUACAAAAAUCAUUUGGUUUUAGGUGCCUUGAAAAAAUGUAAUGAAGACUGAAAGAUCAGAAAAAAUUAUAUUUCCAUUCCUUAUUUGUUCUUAGUGUUUAUUUUUUUCCCAGUGUGCCAUUAUUGCUUUCAUGCUGUUAUGAAUAAAGACGCAAAGCUGAGAAAUUGCUCAGUGAAAAAAUGAUGAUUGUUACUUAAACACCUACCUCAAUGGUACAUAUAAAUACAUUCCAAGGCCUAUUAAGUAAUUAUAUUUAUUUUGAAUGUACUCACUUCUUACUCACACUUAAUAGUGUUCAAAAUGUUUUUUGUUCAUGGUACCGGUACUGUAUGUAUCUGAAUGCUCAAUGUUAUUCCAAUUUGAUU